AUUUGAUAUGAAUGUUAAAAAGUACAAAACAAAUUAAAAGUUUUAUCAUCUAUGUUGACUAUGAUUCUAUGAAAAUAAUUCAUUUCACAGUUUGACGUUCUUAUAGAGAAUUUGCAACAUGGAUGAGCAAAUAGCAGACACACAGACUAUUGUGAGCAAAAUGGAAGACAUUAUUGGCAGUGAUGCAACACAGAUGUCACAAGAACCAUCCACUCAGCUUCUCCUGCAAAAUAUUGAUGAUGUUAUUUCCAGCAGUUCCAUUUUACCCAAAUCAUUGGAGAGUGAAACAACUGUAAAGGAAAAAACUUUGGAAUCGCUCUCUGCAGCUUCAGGUGUAGAAUCUAUUGGUGUAAUCAACACAGAUACAUGUAUUUCAACUAAUGUUGAUCAAGCUUUAAGUCGCAAACGGCUUCUAGAAGAAGAAACCUGUAAAUCAUCACCAAAAGUUCAAAAACAUUUCACAGAUGACAAAACUGACGAGACUGUGAUACAUUCAUCUGAAAAAUCAGCAGGAGAGAAAAACCAAGUACAUAAUAUUAUGCAUAUUGGUGAAAAUCUUGAUUCUAACAAAUCAUUGGUAGAACAAAAAACAAUACAGCGUAGUGAAAAUACCGCUCAGUCUGUGCAUGUAAUUACAGAGAAACGGUCAACAAUGUUUCUGCCAAGAUCACUAAGUGGUAAGCUUCCAAAUGUUAGUGAGAAUACUGAUGGUAAAUUCAAGGAACAAAGCAAGUUGGAGGAGAAGGUUUUGCACAGUGUAGGAAUGGGGGAAACUGUUUGGCAUAGUACAGAAAUGAAGGGAAAUGUUUUGCACAGUACAGAAAUGAAGGGAAAUGUACACAGUACAGAAAUGGAGGAAAAUGUACACAGUACAGAAAUGGGUGGAAAUGCUUUACACAGUACAGAAAUGGGUGGAAAUGUUGUACACAGUACAGAAAUGGGUGGAAAUGCUUUACACAGUACAGAAAUGGAGGGAAAUGUUUUGCACAGUACAGAAAUGAAGGGAAAUGUUUUGCACAGUACAGAAAUGGAGGAAAAUGUACACAGUACAGAAAUGGGUGGAAUUGUUGUACACAGUACAGAAAUAGGUGGAAAUGCUUUACACAGUACAGAAAUGGAGGGAAAUGUUGUGCACAGAACAGAAAUGGGUAGAUAUGUUUUACACACUACAGAAAGGGGGCAAGAUGUUUGUGAAACGAUGGAGGAAAUCAUCAGCAAUGAGAAAGAAAAGAAUCUAUAUACAUGUGAAGAGGUAGGAAAGAAGGAAAAGCUACUGACUCUGGAAAUGCCGGGAUCCGUUUCUCCUGUGGUUACCACGGUGAUACCAGACGAUUAUGAAGAAUCACAGCGGAAAGAUAUCACUGCAGAAUCGUGGGAUAGGUAUGUUAAUGAAUAA